AUGUCGCUCACACUGCCUCCUGAUUCAGGCUUGGCUUUUCAUAGGAAAAGACAAACGGUGGAAUGUCUAGUCAAUGAACGCCCACAAUCCUUGCAGUCAUUCUAUGAAGUUAUGACGGAGGCAAUUCAGGAGAUAGAACUUCGGCUACAGCUGACAGAAAAGGCAUUCUACGGCGAUUACGGGACUCCUGAGAAAGAGAUAAAGCAUUGGAUGCAUGCUAUUAACUCCGUGUUAAAGGCCACACGUGUCCCCACUAUUCAGUCCAUGCCACAGUUGGAGCAGAUUAAUUUUCAUGUUAAGGAACUAGGGCAGGCGAAGGCUGUGGACGAGGGUUUGAUGGAUCAAGUGUAUGAAAGCGCCCACAAAACUUUGAACUGCAUCAAGACGGAGUUUGGGCCUCUUACGGACAAAGUUCAGAAAGCGGCAGACUUUGUAUAUAAAUAUUGUCUGAGUUUUGCCGACUCUACGAAUGAUCCGUAUAUGGAAACAGUGAUUGCCUACCAGCGCCAGAUCAAUGAGUUUAAGGAAACAGUGCGGAAAAAUCUUGAGAACAUUCAAACCAUGGUUUCUAUGUUUCAUUCCGAUGGAUUGCUCUUUGUCCAUUUUCGAGAUUCAGACGUAUCUGGAAUUGGGUAUAAGGCCGAGUGCACCCAUGCUGCCUAUCUACUGAUAUUCCCCGAAGCUUGUGAAAAUAUUAGACUUGCACUGAAAGCAUUAAUGAAAUGGGUAGCGGAAGAUAGGACUUACGCUGGUUUUGUUAGAGUGGACAUGACAGAUUUAGAGAAACAAAAAAUCGGGCGAGCCAAGCAUCUGAGAGAUGUUCAACAAAGAAGUUUUCAGCUGGACUUUAAGGUAAAGGCGUGUAAAAAACUGUUAGGCGAUAUGUACGAAGAAUUUGAGAAACUCAAAGACAAGGAGUGUCAUUUCGUGGAAGAAGAAAAAUUUCUGAUGGACGAGCACCGAGAGAUCGUUCUUGAUUUAGAACUCAAAGCAUUGCGCAAAGACAACCUCAAGCGAGAGGCUACUAGACUAAGUUCAAGAGAAUUCAAUGAGAAAAACGAAAGACUUAUCUUUGAAACUUCGGCUUUAAAAGAUAGACUACAGAUUCUCACCCGCCGGUUGGACGAGAUGCGCACUAAAACUAAAUGGCUGACGACAAAACGCGAGCUGCGUAAAGCCAAAGAACUGGAAGUGGGCAAGCUGAAGAAAGAGCUGAAGCUGGUGAAGAAAGAAGUAAGGAUUGCAGAAGUGGAGCUUAACAGAGUGGACACUUGCUUGAAUAAGCUCAAGCAGAUUUACAUCUUUAAAACCAGCCCUGAUGUGUUGAAGAAAAUAUUCCACAACAUACCGCUAGACACAAAAAAGAAGAUAGGUAGAACUCCAUCCAAAGUCAAAGGAUAUUUUUUUUCACUUUGCUUUCUUGUAGAUGAACUGUCUCGUGCUACAAAAGCUGUUGCCAAGAAUAUCGAUGGGGAUUGGAUGAGACUGUACAGCUCUCUGCCCUUUGUACCAUCCCGAGGUGACGAGACUGUGAAACGAGAUUUGGCAGAACUAAGUUACGGUCAUCUUCGUGAAAACGAGGAGAGUCAAGCGAAGCACAGCUUAGCGAAAUGGCGACGUGUUCACACUCAGGCUACAGUACAAGACCUUAAAUCUGCUCUGAAGGAAAUGAAACGAGAAGACGUGGUGAAAAGAAUCAACUCCGCCUUGGCUCCAAAGCAAAGCAUUCAGGUAAAAUCCAACCGUCAGGUGCACUUUCCGAAGAUGGCGCCUCGUGAGAGAAAAGUUUACAAGUUUAACUUUUGA